AUUGAAUUUAAAAGGCCUGGGACAACAUUAUAGAAAGUGGCCCUCCAGAAGAGAACGUCUUUUACUUCAGGCAACAACAAGAUGGCGGCUUAAGGGAAAAAUAAGUUUCCUUCUUUGUUUUUGUCGAUCUGUGCGAUUAACCAUCAGUUUAAAGACACUUCAGCGAUGUGGGGAUCUAGUUUAAUACUUUUAGCGUCCAUUUUGGGACAGUUCAGUGAAAUAAACGGCCAAGCAAGACCCCAGGACGUGUGCGUUCAGGGAGACGCGGUGAAUGAAGGGAACUGCUACGCACCAAAAUGCUACUGCAGUAAUAUGUUCAAUUUCCCAAGGUCCAUAGAAAAGGAAACAAAAGGCAAACAGAAGAAUGUAGUGAAGUUCAGCAGCAAGGACGACAUCCCUCAGAUGGUAGCGUUCACAUUCAACGACCCUGUUGACCAGGACACAUACGAACCUUACAUGGACCUUUUCUAUGGCAAACAGAACCCCAACGGAUGUCCCGUGUCUGUCACUAUCUUCACGUCCGACAACAACACCGACUACUGUAUGAUUAACCAGCUGUACCGAUACGGCUAUGAGAUCGCCAACAGCGGGAAAUCCAGAAAAUCAACCGUAAAUUUCUGGCAACAAGGGUCUGGAGAUGAGUUCCGACAGGAGCUUUCAGAACAGAUCGAGCUCAUACACGAGAAGGCCGAAAUCCCUCGGACCGACAUCCGCGGAUGGAGAACACCGCUGCUUCAACCUGGCGGCGAUAAGCUGUUCCGCAUCCUUCACGGCAAUAACUUCGUGAAAUAUGACGCCACAAUUCUGGCUGGACCCCAGAGUUUGACUGAUAAUAUUACCUGGCCAUUCACCCUGGACUAUCCCAUUCAGUUCCCCUGUGGUAUCCCACCCUGCCCAACACAGAGAUACCCCGGCUUCUGGGUCGUCCCCGUCAUCCGUAUUCUGGACGUCAACGACUUGGUCUGUUCGUUCGCCCAUCGCUGUAUCUACCCGCCUCAGAACGAGGAAGAGACCUACGAGUUUCUGUGGAAAAAUUUCGAGCACCACUACCGACUGAACCGCGCCCCCUUCAUCAUCAACUUGGAGGCCAACUGGUUCAAUGAGAAGCUGUACGCUUUCGAGGCGGUAAAACGGUUCAUUCAAGCUCUUCUUUCCCGCGAUGAUGUCUACCUCGUCAACACAUGGCAGAUAGUACAGUGGAUGCAGGACCCGACCCCUCUAGGAAAGGAUAACAAACUGAUGAACAACUUCAAACCAUGGAAGGAGAGAGGGUGCGAGUAUCUCCCUAGAAAGAUGAAGUGUACUAUCAAGAGAAAAUCGAAAUCGUUUGUCGGCGAAAUCAACUUGGCGCUUUGGCAGUGGCUCUUUAUGGCUAUUGUGUUAGCCAUUCUUGUGCGUAAAGACUGGAAUGCUAAAGAUUAGAGUUUUUUAUGUUGAUUUCUAUCUCAAAUCGAUAUUUUUACCCCCUCCCUCACACACAGAAACGAACAACAUUCAGUAUGUCUAUGAUAAUACAGCCGACAAUGGACUUUUGGUUGUAACUGCUUACUGUACAUGUAACUUUCUUAGCUUCAAAGAGUUAAUUUAAACCAAGUUUUCCGACUUUUUUCCCCAAAAUAAAGUUACAGGGACUUUGUUCUGUCUGUUUGCCCUUCUGUAAGUUUUUUCUCUUGAUGUCGUUCCCACAACUGACCUCUCCAAUGAAGAAUACAUCAAGCCAUGCUUGAAAAAAAAA